AUGGCAGAAGUGGCUCCUGCUCCCGCCGCCGCGCCGGCUAAAGCGCCCAAGAAGAAAGCAGCUUCGCGGCCAAAGAAAGCUGGUCCUAGCGUCGGCGAGCUUAUUGUCAAAGCGGUUUCUUCAUCCAAGGAGAGGAGCGGCGUGUCUCUCCCCGCCUUGAAGAAAGCUCUGGCUGCCGGUGGAUACGAUGUGGAGAAAAACAACUCCCGCGUUAAGCUCGCCGUCAAGAAACUAGUGGAAAAGGCCGUCUUACUUCAGACCAAAGGCACCGGCGCGUCUGGCUCUUUCAAGCUAAACAAGAAGCAGUCCGAAGCCAAGAAAAUCGUGCCCAAAGCGAAGAAGGUGGCCGCAAAAAAGCCCAAAAAGUUAGCGGUCAAGAAAUCCGCCGCGAAGAAGUCUCCUAAGAAGGCGCCGAAGAAGCCCGCCGCCGCCAAGAAGUCGGCUGCCGCCAAAAAGUCGCCGAAGAAGCCGGCUGCCGCGAAGAAGUCGCCGAAGAAGCCGGCUGCCGCGAAGAAACCCACCAAGAGCCCCAAGAAGGCGAAGAAGCCGACGACUCCGAAAAAGACGGCCAAAAGCCCAAAGAAGGCAAAGGCCGUUAAGCCCAAGGCAAAAAAGCUAGCUCCUAAAAGGAAGUAA